UCAUGCGUAUCGACUGUCGAUGGCCAGCCCGUCCUGACGGUCCUGCCGGCGGAACUCGGCCUCGUAGUAGUGCUCCCAUUGCCUUGAAAGCGCCCAGGCGUGCUCCCAUUGCCGGUGGUCCGCCUCAGCGUGGAGCUGAACAGCCGGGGGGUCGGGCUCGAUCUGGACGAUGACAGAGUCCUCCGGCUCGGGCUCGGGCGGGUGCACGAUCAGCACCUGCUGUAGCUGUCGGCCGUCGUCGGGUAGGAUGAUGACGAUUUGCUCCAGCAGGACGGGGGGCUUCUCGCGGCGUCGCUCCUGGAGGUGCUGCCUGCGGCGGAUGAGGUGGUAGAGGACGCCGAGGACCUGCAGGCACGUGUGCAUAUGAUAUAUAGAUAUAUAUCAGACGCACCACGCAGCAGACAUACAGACAGACAGACAGACAGAGAGACAGAGAGACAGAGAGACACGGAGACAUGAGCAAUGGGUGGUGCAGUGCAGUGCAGUAUGCAGGUCAAUGUGAGUUGAAGGCGUGCUCUGCUCACUGCUCCGGCGCCCGCUAGGAGGCACCAUGUCACCUGCAAGCCACGCCCUUGAAGCAUCCGCAUCCGCCUGUUUGCCGAAGGGCGGCUUGAAGGGGCUUCCCCACAAGCCGACAGUGAGUGCCUGUAACCAUAGAAAUUCCAGCAUUUAUAGCUAUGAAGUUGGUGCCAUCGCCAAAAACAAGUAAAAUUGGCCAUCGCGUACCUCGUUGGGAACACCAAGCGCACACCCAAAAACAAGCAUCUUGCCAGCGACAAGAUCGACAGGCAGCCGAGCAAGUUGCGCGCCGAGCGCAGUAAGCUCGAGACGAGAUUGAGCGGCUCCGUCGGUGAGGUUGUCUGGAGCCUGUGCGCAUGAGAAAAUCAGUGAAUCAUCAUUGUAUUUCCACGCUUAAUGACCUUGGUGGCUGAUAUCCCAAUAAGGUAGCCCAGCGACUCGUCAAUCCUCGUUGGACGGGAAGGAUCGAGCAUUCCUUGGAAAAACUCAUCGGGCGUCCUCGUAUUAAGGACACACACCAGCCAAUUUGCCAGAUCUCUGCUUAUUCGCCCGCAGAAUAGCUUGCGUGUCGAAGUUGUCAAGACAUGUUGUGCUCCCACCUUGUCAGCAGCCUCCAGCAGACGCCCGGCUGCAAACGCCCAGCCCGCCCCUUU